CGGAACUCAAUGCCCACUCACUUCCACCGCCGGAACUUCACAUCGUGACACCCAGCGGAAGUAAAAAAAGAAAGCGCCAGUAGCGUUCGCUUUAUGCACGUGCGAGAGUAUUCGAUGGUGUAGUCGUGCCUGCCGAUAAAUAUUUCAGUGGUAGUGAAACAACAAUGUCAUCAGUUCGGCAUUUGAGGGAAUUGGUCGUAGAUCGACUAACUGCUGCUGCGGAAGAAAUAAUUGAAGUCUUUCAAAAAACUAUCGUCGAGUACGAGGAGGAGAUCAAUCGUCAGCGCAGACUGCUGGAUACCGUUUGGAAACCCGAAAUAAGGUUACACAGGAUAGAACUCCCACAGCAACAUGUCCGUAAGGGGAAGGAGAUUAAAGAGGAACAGGAGGAGGAACUCUGCACGAGGCAGGAGGGAGAGCAGCUUGCACUGAAGCAGGAGACCGAUACCUUCAUGUUGACUCCUACUUAUGAGGACAGUGACCACCGUGAACCAGAACCUAACUGCGACCACCGUCUCCUCGCUCCCGACUCUCCUGUAGCUGAGAGCCACGAUAAGAAAGGAAGCAAGCAUGUGGACCCAGGAUCAACUAGAAAUGCAGAGUCGAAGCCAAAGAAGAGACGUCACAAAAAAACAAGUUACAGCAAGAAUGAAUGUAACUCUCCUACGACAAAGAGUCACUGUAACACUCACACAGAACUCCCACAGCAACAUGUCUAUAAGGAGGAGGAGAUUAAAGAGGAACAGGAGGAAGAACUCUGCACCAGUCAGGAGGGAGAGCAGCUUGCACUGAAGCAGGAGACUGAUACCUUCAUUUUGACUCCUACUUAUGAGGAAAGGGACCAGAGUGAACCAGGACCAAACAGUGACCACACGCUCCUCUCAGGUAAAAAGCCUUUGAAAUGUGACACUUGUGGGAAAGCUUUUCAGUGGAAGUCCCUGUUGAUUAUACAUCUGAGGACCCACACAGGUGAGAAGCCGUAUGCGUGCGACACCUGCGGGAAAAGAUUCAGUCACAAAUCAUCAUGGAAUGCUCAUUUAAAAAUCCACACAGGUGAGAAGCUGCAUGUUUGCGACACCUGUGGGAAAAGAUUCAGUCACAAAUCAUCAUUGAAUGAUCAUUUAAAAAUCCACACAGGUGAGAAGGAAUAUUCUUGCAACACAUGUGGGAAAGGUCUCAGAAGUAUUAAGGCCUUGGUGGUCCACAUGAGAACACACACAGGUGAGAAGCCCUACCCCUGCAACACCUGUGGGAAAAAAUUUAGUGACAAGCCAGUAUUGAAAAGGCACAUGAGAAUCCACACAGGUGAGAAGCCGUACCUCUGCAACACCUGUGGGAAAAGAUUUAGCGACAAGGCAGUAUUGAUAAGGCACGUUAGAAUCCACACAGGUGAGAAGCCGUACCUCUGCAACACCUGUGGGAAAAGAUUCUAUCGGGCGGCACACUUGCGAAUGCACUUAAGAAUUCAUACAGAUAAAAGUUGAAUACUUACAGAACAUGUGGGAGAGCUUUCAGACUUAGUUGUAAAUUGACAGUCCACAUGAGAAGGGCCCAUACUGGUCAGUAGCCAUGUUACUGCAAUACCUGAAGGAAUGAGUCUCAGUUGGGAAGGCAUGUAAAGUGACAUACAGGCAAGAAGCAUUGUAUUUGCAAAAUAUGUAGGAUUCAGUUGUAGUGGUUCCUUGACCCAAAGAAGUGAAGAGUCACAUAAUUGCAGCUCUUAUGGGAAAUGUUUUUCUGAUAUCACACAGUUCAAAAAAUUUAUGGGAAAUGUUUUUCUGAUAUCACACAGUUGAAAAAACACAAUCUGUUUAUACAGGAGAAACCAUCAAGACGAAAGUUGUUCACCAACUGAAUGAAAUACACUUUUGCAAUAGCUACAUCUUUGUAAUUGAAUGUUUAAAAUUUCCCAUUGAGAAGAGGUCAUAGUAUCUGAGUUUAAGGUCGUACAUUGUCAACACCACCAUCAGGUUUUGAUAAACUAUCCUAAUUUUUUCCUUCAUAUGACUGUAUUAAUCAUAUUUCUGUUUCCGGCAGUAAGUCUUUGAAACAACUCUAAUCUCCAAAUUCUUGGAAGGAUUUUUGGUUUAUGGGGAGUGCAUAGUUCCCACAAAUGUAAGUGAUUGACAUCUGAAAUUAAUAUUAUUUGUGGCUGGACCGCAACAGUGGAGCCAGCGCUGUAAUCGGGAAUGUCUGUGACUGACUGAGAGAGUGAGUGAUAAAGUUUCACCAGUGCCCGACCAGAUGCCAUGUGACUGAGUGCUGAAGCUACGCCAUUGGUCUGCCAGUGGAGUGUUGGAGUUUCCCCAUUAGCCGUUGCUCUUUCGAAAUGGAUUGGCCCAAACAGUCUCUAUUGCGUCAUCAGGGGGACAUUCACAGGCAGUGCUGCCAACGCCUUUGUUGCUAGAUUUACCGACUUUUCACACCCCGUUAGUGAGUUUUCUUCACAAAAGCACCUGGCGACAAACUUCAGCUACUUUCCGUUGAAGAGAGUCGCCAGUAUUGCCCCAUGAGCGCUAGGUUGGGCUUUCCCUCUGUAGGCACGCCUCUCUGUGUCUCAUUUGAAUUGACCGCAAAGGAGCUGA